CGAGCUUUUUAAAUCUCCGGCGGGCUAACAAUUUAGCAGGUUUGACAGGAUUAGCCGUCAUAAUCCUUCUCAGAUAGGGGGUAAACAUUAACCAGACCAGUGUGUUUGCCUGUCAGAAGAGGUUUUUUUACUAUAAGGAGGAACAAUGGCGACCAACAGUUCUGUGUGGUCUAAAGGACACAUAUUGUUCAAGUAUUCUCUGAAUCUUCACCCUGCUACCAGGAGGUUUUCAGAGAGCAGCGACAAAGGCUGGUUCCGUUCCUUAUUUGUGCACAAAGUGGAUGCCAGGAAAGAUGCCCACUCCAACCUGUUGUCAAAGAAAGAGACCAGCAACCUCUAUAAAAUUCAAUUUCAUAACGUCAAACCAGAGUGCCUGGAAGUGUACAACAGUUUAGAGGCUGAAGUGCAAAACAGGCUCCAUAAGGACCAGGACUACCCAUGUGAAGUGGUGGGAAGCUGGAACACUUGGUAUGGAGAGCAGGACCAAGCAGUGCAUCUAUGGCGAUACAGAGGAGGCUACCCAGCCCUGACUGAAUGCCUGAAGAAGCUGAACAACAACAAGGAAUAUUUAGAGUUUCGAAAAGAGAGGGCAAAAAUGUUGAUUUCAAGACGAAAUCAGCUCCUCCUGGAGUUCAGUUUCUGGAAUGAGCCAUUGCCACGACCAGGACCCAACAUCUAUGAAAUGCGCACCUACAACCUCAAGCCAGGAACGAUGAUCGAAUGGGGAAACCACUGGGCGAGAGCUAUCAAGCACAGACAGGAAAACAAUGAAGCAGUGGGAGGGUUCUUCUCGCAGAUUGGCGACCUGUAUGUUGUUCAUCAUUUGUGGGCAUAUGAAAGCCUCCAGUCCAGGGAGGAGACCAGGAACUCUGCCUGGAUGAAGCAGGGAUGGGAUGCAAAUGUGUAUUAUACAGUGCCUUUGAUUAGAAGCAUGGAGUCUAGAAUAAUGAUUCCCACCAAGAGUUCACCUUUACAAUAAGAAGACUGAAGCUGGGAGCUUUCCUUGACUAGAACUUACUCAAUGCUGAAGCAGCAUCUAGAUUGUUUUAUUUGCUUAAUGAUCUAUGUUAUGUGCAUGGAUGUCAUAAAACAUUUCUAAAUCAGCAUCAUUUGCAAGCAAUGAAAAGUAAGGAUGUCGUUUUUGUGUGCAUGUGUUAUAAGAAUCCAGAAACACCAGUGCAGUGUUAAUUUCGUCGACUAAAACUAUGACUAAAACUAUUCAUCAACAGCCUUUUUCCCAUGACAAAAACUAGACUAUCAAAAAUAGAUCUGUGAUGACUAAAACAGACAAAAACUAAGUUUAGUUUUCGUCAAGAUGACUAACACUAGACUAACAUGUAAUGCAGUUUUUCGUCGGACAUUCAACAUCUGUGAUAUUUCUCCACUGUGGGUAAAUCUGCGAAAAAAAACAAUGCAGCUGUAUCUAUUCUACCUCUCAGCUGAAGAAAGCAGGGACCCAAGGUUUGGCAGCGUUCAGAGAACACACAAAUGGUUGGACUGAAAGUAAAGACUAAAAAGUGAGGACUUUUUAUGGACUAAAACUAGACUAAAAUGUUUUUAGUAUUCAUCGACUAAAACUAAAAAGGAUAGAAAUGACUAAAAUGUGACUAAAACUAAAAUGCAUUUAAUCUAAAGACUAAGACUAAAAUUAAAAAUAGCUGCCAAAAUUAACACUGCACCAGUGUUUUAAAAAAGUUCAGGUCAAACGUACGUAGAUAAAGGAUAUGCAAAAAAAUAUUCUGUUAUGGCAAAAGAGAGAGGUAUGGUAUGUUUUGUUCCUUAUAUUUUACCAUGAAUCAAGGUAAUACACCAUGUAUGUGAAAUGAAAGAGUAGUCUCUACAAAGGCUUUUAUGAAUACAUUUUAUGAUAAAAUUAUGAAUUAAUCUAAAUGGAUCUCAUUGAGCUUCUAAGUUGUGACUGUGAAUGUAUGUUUGAUAAAUUAAAACUUGCUGGACUACCUCACUCAUCAAUAUAUCUGAUCAUUUCUCUAAUUAAACAAAAUAAUGUGCAAGAAGCCUACCAGGAGCAGAAAUGUCACUUCUGGUAAGAAGAGGUUUGUUUCCAAAUAAAAGUUGAUCAACCCA